GGAUUCUCGUAAAUUUUUUUGCUUGAUUGAGUUGAGUUUACCCACCGUUUCUGACUUUGGAGCCUCGAUCUACAAACUCAAUGAAGUUGCUAAAAACUUUCAAAACGCGAAGUUGAUUGGCGUUUCAGUUCAUCGGCCAAAAGAACAAGUCCAACUUCGGCCUUUGCUGUGCAGCUGUAGUUGUUAUUAAUGGCGGUUACUGGAGCAAGGAGGAUUUUAUCAGUAAGUAACAGUCCACGAAUAAUCCCUAAUUAUUGCAACUCAAAAAUACGCACCAUUUUUACCAAUAAUAACCCUUCUGGUUCUGGUUCUAAUCCUCUGUUACUGAAUUUGCUGAAUGUACCCAACUCCCAAAUCAAAUCAACUCUCGACCAUUCUUCUUCUUCACUCUCUGACUUUGUUUCAUUGGAUUCCCUCGUCACCGCCCUUACUUCAUCUUCCUCUCCUCACAAAGCUCGCUUGGUUUUAGAGUGGAGACUGGAUUGUAUGCUCAAGCAAAAUCAGAUGGAUCAUGUUCAUUGCUCCCAUUUAAUCUCUCUUUGUGCAAAGGUUCAAAAUGUUUCACUAGCUCUCCAGGUUUUUUCUUCUAUGGAGGCUACCGGAGUUAAACCCAAUACUACCCUUUUCAAUUCCCUUAUACACGCUUGUUUCUCGUCCGCGUCUACUGUCUUGACUGCCCUUAGUUUGUUUGAGAUUAUGCAAACUUCUGAGAUUUACAAACCCAAUUCUCAGACUUAUGAUGCUUUUAUACUAGGGUUUUCGAGUUUACUAGAUGUUGAUAAAAUGCAAGCUUGGUUUGCGGCAAAAACGGCUGUGGGGUUCUCUGCAAAUUCGCAAAAUUAUGAAUGUCUCAUUUCUACCUGUGUAAGGACUAAAGAUUUUGAUAAAGCUGAUAGGUUAUACGAUGAAAUGAUGUCUGUGGGAGUUAUUCCUAGUGAACCCGUAUUUGAAUGGGUCCUUGAAGGGCUUUGUCAACGGAGGAACUGUGAGCGAGUUGGGCAGUUUUUGAAUUUUCUCGUGGAAUGUAGGUUUCAGAUCACGGGGAAUAUGAUUGAGAAGAUUGUAAAAGUGUAUACUGAACUUGAGAAAGUUGAUGAAAUGGAAAAACUACUAGAAAAUUUGACUGAGUUGAAUCAAGCUGGUGAAGCUUUGUUGUGGUUACAUUGUGGGAUUAUAAGAUUUUAUGCCAAUGCUGAUAGAUUGGAUGAUGCUGAAUACUCUGUAGGGAGGAUGAUGAGUGCAGGGAUGUUAUUUAGAUGUUCGGAUGAUAUUGAGAAGGUUAUCUCUUCGUAUUUCAGGAACGAAGCUUAUGACAGACUAGACGUGUUUUUGGAACAUGUUAAAGGUUACCAGAAACUCGAGAGGUCAACUUAUGAUUUGUUAGUUGCUGGAUAUCGAAGAGCUGGUCUGGCAGAUAAGUUGGAUAUGGUUGUGCAGGAUAUGAAAUUGGCUGGAUUUUUGUAGUUUCUUGACAUGGUUAUGCUAACAAAUAAAUUUUAUAUCGUCUUAAAAGCCAAGCCCUCGUGUGAAGUGUUGAAUUCGGAUAAACUGAAGUUUCGGAAGCAGUAAUUAAGAAAUGACAAGCAUAUGAAGAAGCUUCAUCUAGCUACCUUAGUGUUGACACUUGCAGAGGAUAGAUAGAACAGAGGAGGAAAAUUGCUUAUGAUACCUUUGUCAUUUAAUGAAGUACCAGUGAAUUGCUAGUUAAAUAGUGGCAUCCCUAACACAUUUGUACUCUUCUUUUUACUUGCAUUCCACUAGGGUUUAUAUGUAAUCGAAUUCGAAUUUGAAGAGAAUAUAAAAAUACUGGCUUCAAA